AUGUACGGAUGCAAGAGCCAGGAGGCCAUCUGCAUCAAGGCCCACCACGUAGCGUCAGUCGCUGCCGCGGGUGCCACCCUCAUGCGAGAGAAGUUCAGGGGGAAACGUGACCUGUUCAGAGUGUGGUCGUUGCUGUGGUUGCCAAACUGGCAGGGUAUGGGCUCCGAUGGUUCCGAUGUGGGAACGAAGGAUGCUUCCGAGACUGCAGGAGUGCAUGCCGCAUGGCACAUGCACGCUCCAGUCAUGUAA